GCGCUUACGGUAGAUCCCCCGUAGCAAGUGAAUGAUUGCUGUUCGUCGGACACACCAGCAGCUCGUUUAGUAGUAGUAUCAGACUAUCAGGUGUCCCUGUAAACCAAAACCCCAAAAGGGCCAUCUCGGUGUGACCAGAGCGCCGCACCAACUAGUAUCAAAUAUUCAGUGCGCUCUCUCUUCCUCUCUCGGUCCUUCUCUUGCAGACUCGAGAGUCCAGACACACACGUACGCAACCAUGCCUAGAUCCUUCGUGAUCACCAUCUUCGUCUUCGUCGCCGUGGUCAGCAUGCUCGCCACCAUGGCGGUGGCGGACACGCUGGCCGACUGCCCGUACCCGUGCCUCCCACCACCAACCUCAGGAGGCGUCAUCAACAGCUACCCGCCACCGCCACCAGCAGGGACUGGAACAGGAACAGGUGGUGGUGGCGGCGACGGCUUCAGCGGCAGCUACCCGCCACCUCCGCCAGGGGGCUUCCAGCUGACCCCGCCAGGGGUCAUGCCGGGGUUCCUCGCGCCGCCGUUCAGCGCCGUCCCGGCCGGGCCGGCUCCUCCGCCGCCGAACCCUGUCCUGCCGUGGUUCCCGUGGUACUACCAGCACGACAACCCGAUCACGGGGUCGACCACGUCGGCGUCCUCGCCAACGGCGUCGCACCGGAGGACGACGUGCAUGGUCACCCUGCUGCUCCAACUGUGUUUAGCGAUUCUUCUUCGGGCGCCGUAGAGUACUUUGUCUGCCUGUUAACCAAGGUGUGUUGAUUAGUUGCUACGAAGUGUUUGUUCUCGUUAAUUGCAAUGUUGUUUUGACUUUUGAGUUUUUGUAGCUAUAAGCUCGUAGAGAAGGUUACUGUUACUGUUCUUACUCAUAGAUAAUACACUGUUGUCAAGCAUAUAGACUACCGAGUACGUAAUUUUGAAGGUAAUUAUUGUAUACAUGGAUGUCACAUAGUUGCUCCCGCACUUUGAUGCUUAUAUAUAGUCGAGAUCCUUAUAUAGUUUGAACUUUGAACACAUAGUGUGUUUUCUGUUAAAGUCUGUAAUUUUCUCAA